AUGGAUCCCAAUCGUGAUCAGUGGUGUACCUUACUCAGUAGUCACAACAAGCUUGAUCGUGAUAAAGGAUUAAGCCAAUUGACCGAUCAAAUUAACCUUGGCCUCAAUGACAUCACCCAUGUUGAAAAUAGCUUAAUAACAUUGAUACAAGCGACAGACCGAUGGGAAUCAUGUCAAGGUGGACUGCUAGCAAGUAAAUUGCUACUUUUACAUAUACCGCAAUGUAGUCAAGAUUUCAUUGGUCACCUUCAAGACUCUUGCACCCAUUUACUUCAACAUUCCGAAGCAAGAGUUCGAUUUGCGGCAGGUGAGGUGGCAGGUGCACUUUGCAAACGUCUUGGCCAUGUAGCUUAUCAACACUUUCAACAUGGAGUAUUGCAAUCCAUUCGUGAUAACAUGGAACGUUCAAUGGAACUUUUAGACGCCUUAGCCAUGCAACAACUCAAGGAUAAAAUGCUGCCAAAAUCUCCUGAUAAAGAUACCAAAAAUGAACCGCAAUCAAAGGAUGAUAAUCUUAUCUCCAAAAUAUUACACGAUACCGCUGGUUGGCAAUCAUUAGAAACAGGCAUGCAGUGUUUAGAAUGCAUGAUUGAUGGUUGUGGUAAGAAAUUUCAUCCGUACAUAAAUAAUGAACUCUUGGAAUUACUAUUUGAAACAACAAAACAUACUAACCGAUGUGUAAGGGAAAUUGGAUUUCGAACACUCGGGGUACUCAUCAAAAGUGAAUUAGGAUCAAACGAGAAAGGUACACUGCAACCCGGCUAUAAAGAAACAAAAUGUUGGGAAAAAGGUACGCAAUUUGUCGACGUUUUGGUCGCUGGACUAUCCGAUAAUUGGAGCCAGGUACGAUUGGCAGCUUCUAUUGCCACUCGCCAAAUGCUUACUAUCCUUACGGAUGUUGAUGCUAGUAAACGUUAUUUUCCCAGCAUUCUACCACCAAUGUGCUUGAAUAGAUACUAUAUCGCUGAAGGUGUACGAAAUUAUUCACAAGAAAAUUGGCGAUUAACUGUAGGACCUGAUGGGCGAAAUUUGGUAGAAUCGUACGUAGCGGACUUUGUAAAGUUUUAUGUGCAGCAAACCAAUGCUGACAAUCAUGCUGUUCGUGAAGCUGCUUGUGUUUGUAUAGCGGAACUUGGUCAAAAAAUUUCUCCCGAAUGUCUACAUCCAUUCGUGCAACAAUUGAUUGCUACUCUCCUGGUAUGUUUCAAAGAUCAAAGUUGGCCAGUUAGAGAUGCUGCAUGUUUAGCUUGUGGAAAUUUUAUAAGCUGCUUUCCGGAACCUUGCCGACCUUCCCUGAGUGAACUUCAUGAUUUAUUUGUUAAGAACUUAUCGGACAGUAUACAGUCCGUUCGGCAAGGCGCUGCUAUAUCUUUAGCCAAAGUAGCAGAAGUAUACGGAAACGAUGAAUACAUUGUUAUUGAGAAAACAAUUAUCCAAGGCUUAGCUAAAAUGAAGGAUCAACCAGCUGAUGCCAAAAGAUACUCGUCAAUGGAUCCUAGCCCUGCUGUAUACAGUGUUGCAAAAAGAAUACGUGAUAAUGAAGCAGAUUUACAUACUAAUCGCAUGACAUAUUCAUGUGGCUCUCUUGCUCCUAAGCUGGGAAAAGGUGAUACUGAGAACGAAAUGUCAAAAUUUUACAAGCAACCUGAGCCUUGGGAACUAGCAGAUGGCUGUGUUCACCUUAUAGCUGAAUUAAGCAGAGUGUCUACCUUCCACACGAACAUAAGCAAGUUGUUACCCGCGAUUGCUGAAGCUGGUAGAUACAAACAGUAUUCUCAGCACGUAUUUUUCUACGAAACCAUUUGUAAACAGUCUUCGGAAUGCUCGUUGACGUCUCACGCCGCUCGUGAAUGUUUACAAUUUUUUAGCAAGAAUUUUGGCCCUAAAAUAUUGCGCGGGCGUGUUGAGGAAUUUAAUCCAAAUUACGUGUCCCUUCUUGAUAGUGUUAUACGUGUGGCAUAA